AUGCCGAAGUCAAUUUCUCCUCGUGGGUGGUUUAGGAAGAGACUGGACGAGAACGUUGACAAGGCAAAGAGUCUCCCCAACCGAACGGGUCUCGACAUUACUACAUCCUCACAAUCCCUCCCAAAGCAAGAAGAUGAUGGAGCAGUGCAGGACACACAUCUGAAAGUCCCUGAUCUGACUCUGCAGGAUGAGCUUGGACAGGACAAAUGUGGCCUAUUCUUGUUGAGCGAUGAAGUCGGACAACAGACCCCUAAAUACAAUGUCGAUAUUGUGGCCGUUCACGGUUUGGGCGGUGAUGCAUAUAAGACCUGGACACAUGACAAUGGAAAGAUAUGGCUACGCGAUUUCUUGCCAACAGACAUACCAGAGGCACGAGUCUUUACAUAUGGUUACAAUUCGACUUUGCUCUUCUCACGUGAGACUGGCAGAGUGAGAGACUAUGCCCGCGCACUUCUAGAAGAUAUUCGAUCUGAGAGAACACUUGCAGACGAAAAAGCACGUCCAUUAAUCUUUGUGUGUCACAGCAUGGGUGGGAUUAUUGUAAAACAGGCACUCAUAAUAGCAAACAAUGAGUCUACAAAUUAUCCAGGUUUCAAAAGCUCAGUCUCUGCAAUCCUUUUCUUAGGUACACCUCACAGGGGAUCGCCGUCAGCAGAAUACGCCGACAUCCACUUCAAAAUUGCCAAUGUCAUUAUUACCGGAAGUCAAAUGUCUCGCUUGUCUGGACCCUUACGAAAAGAACUUGUUCAUAGCCUCAGAACGAACGCGAAAGAUUUGCUUCAUAUUGCUGAGGAUUUUCGAGUUCAUACUGGAACAAUGAAAAUUGCUUCCUUUAUUGAACAACAGAAUAUGCGAGGUCUUAAUGAAAGGAUUGUGGAUGAUAUCAGUGGGGUUACGGGAGCAUCAACAGAACGGGUUGUGCCAAUGCCAGGUUGCGACCACAGAGCGAUUUGCAGGUAUGGAGAACGAAACAGCAACUAUAAGAAGCUACUUGCUGCUGUUAAGGAUGGGAUUUCUUCAUCGCAACGCAUUGCACCGAGUCUUGAUGGUGUGGUCUCCUUCCCUGAUUAA